GCUCGGCGCAUCACGCGCGCGGCCUGCGUCUUCUUCCCGCCCUACACAUACUUGGCCGCAUCUUCUUCCACCUGCGCAUAAACCCGCGGCCCUUGGGCGUCACGUGCCUGCGCGUGGUCCACCUCCAUCACGCUUCUGCUUACAGCUAGCACCCGAGCACGGCUGUUCCAGCUCGGCCUCUCGACCACUCCCGGUUUCCGAGCACGCCAUGGACGACAUUCUAAACGAGCAGUUUGGGCGGGUGGAAAAGGCGCUCACGACGCUGGUCGACUCGAUUGCCGCCUACAACCCAGCUACCCAAGCUGCAAUCGACCUUGUCGCGGCCGACGACCAACUGAGCGAGGGACUCGACCAGCUGGCCAAACACCAGGCAAACCAUGCUCGCAUCCAGACCCUGCGUGCCGAAGCAGACGCCCUAGAAGAGCAGCUCAAGACUUCGGUCAAGAAGCUUGCAGAGCUCCGUCGCGAACUGUUUGCGACACCCGCGACGACGUUUCCACACGACUCGCGCGCCGUGCCCUUUGACGAGCUCCUUCAAUAUGCGACCAACAUCUCGAGAUACACCGUCCCCCCAACAUAUCGCGAGCGCGUCCCUACGACGGAAAAAGACAAGGACGAGGAAGACGGAAUUUCAAGCGGCGCCCCGACCAAUGGUGUCAACACGCCCGCCAUUGUCCCGGACGCACCCGAUGCACCCAAUGAGGGCCCAGAAGCCCAGAAGGGGGCUGAAGAUGCAGAUGGAGCUGCGCCUGAUAUCACGGCCGAAGAAGAAGAGUGGCUGAAGAAGCUCAAGGCUAGCAACCUGGCAUGGUACCCCUGGCCGAGCACAGAGAAGAUUCGCAAUGGUAUCCUUUACCGCCUCUCCUACUGGCGCGAGAAGGGCAAUGAUCUGGAUGAAUUCAAUAUACCAGCGUACCUGGAAGAGCAAAGAAAGAAGGCUCUUGGCGACGAGGAGAAAUCCGAAGAGGCCCCAGAGCAAGCAACAGAAGAGCAGCCUCACCGAGAAACUGCACGGCCAACGAUGCCGCUCAGUGCCUUUACAGGUCUGGAUGAUAUGGACGAAAUGUGAGCUAGGAUUGAAGUGGAUAAUUGUAACAUGCACCUCACCAUCAGAAACAUGCUAUGUAGGAGGGUCCACCAAAAUGAAUAGAAU